GUCACAUGAUCACUAGUUCAAGGAACAGAAGACUGUCUCCUGAAGUCGACUCUGUACACAAAAUGAGUGUCACUCUUGACGUUAGACUUAAACGUGCGAAUAAAGUUUAUCAUGAGGGGGAGGUAUUGGCUGGAGUGGUGGUAAUUAUGAGCAAAGAGGCAGUCCAACAUCAGGGCAUAUCCCUAACUAUGGAGGGGGUUGUCAAUCUCCAGCUCAGCUCAAAGAGUGUGGGUGUUUUUGAGGCAUUCUACAAUUCUGUGAAGCCUAUUCAGCUAAUCACCAGUAAUAUUGAAGUAGUAAAACCAGGAAAGGUUCCCAGUGGCAAAACUGAGAUCCCAUUUGAGUUUCCUCUACAUGCAAAAGGAAACAAGGUGCUAUAUGAAACCUAUCAUGGAGUGUUUGUCAACAUCCAGUAUACAUUGCGCUGUGACAUGAAGCGCUCCCUGUUGGCGAAAGACUUGAGCAAGACCAGUGAAUUUAUGAUCCAUUGUCAGCCACAGAAAGCAAAAGCACAACCAAGUCCAGUAGAUUUUACUAUCACUCCGGACACUCUGCAAAAUGUUCGAGAGAGAAGCUCACUACCUAAGUUUUUAAUAAGAGGUCAACUGCAUGCCACCAACUGUGUAAUUACACAGCCUUUAACAGGAGAGCUGGUGGUAGAGAGUUCGGCCGUGGCUAUAAAAAGCAUUGAGCUGCAACUAGUCAGAGUGGAGACAUGUGGAUGCGCUGAGGGCUAUGCAAGAGACGCUACGGAAAUACAGAACAUUCAGAUUGCAGAGGGAGACGUCUGUCAUGGCCUCCCCAUUCCCAUCUACAUGGUGUUCCCAAGGCUCUUUACAUGCCCUACUCUGGAGACCACCAAUUUUAAAGUUGAAUUUGAGGUGAAUGUGGUAAUCGUCCUCCAUGAUGAUCAUCUGAUUACAGAGAACUUUCCUUUGAAACUGUAUAGAGUGUGACUGCCAUUAGACCAAUAAGUGAAAAGCUCUACAGCUGUAUCAAAAGGACCGUCUUUGACAUAAGUGACCAAGUUUGUACGUGCAUUACUAUGUGGCCAUUUUGUAAAAACUGAUUGUAAAUUCAGAUUUGCAUUGCUUAAUAAAAUUUAACUGGAAAUGUCAUUCUGCUUUCCUGUACGAACGGUUGUACAUCAGAGUAUUAUAGAAAGGUCUGAAGCUCCAUAAGGCAAUACUGUCAAUAGUUUAUGUUGCUUGAUUGAUUCCUAAUAAAUAUAUCUACGAUUCUUUUCAAUUUGACCAAGUUAAAUGUACCUCAAAUUAAUAACCCAACCCUGCUCAUUAAUUCAAAAUAAUACACACCUCAGUUUAUAUGGCAGUGACUCUGAUUAUCACUGCAGAAAGC